GCAAAUGGUUGGAAGUCUGUCCCUCAAUUUGGAGGGUGGGAUCAAAAGAGCGUCAACGCUACCAAUUACUCAGUUGUUUUUAAUCAAGCUCGCGCUAAUAGGAAGCAGAACAAAGACCGUCCAUUCAGCGCUGGAAAUGAGGAAGAUCUGAUAGCACGUCACGAUCGUCAUGAUCGACAUGAUCGUCAUGAUCAUCAUGACCAUCAUCGUCUUCGAAAAGACCCAGUUGUGAGGAAAAAGAAGACGUCCAACUAUUUUAAUUGCUGUUUAUGGGCUUGAUUUCCUAAACAAUCAAAUCAGCCCUGCAAAUUUCUGGUUGUUUUGAAGCCAUUGCAUCAAAAUUGAGCUACAAUGUUUGAAUAAUCAAAAUCUUAGAUGAUGAUACAUAUUUGUCCUUUGGGAAACUGUAAAAACCUUUGUAAUAUCUGAUUGGGCUACAGUACUUAAUAAUUUUAAUAUUACUUCAGAUUUGUCCA